CCUUCCCUCCACCUUCUUCCCCAACUCUCAUCUCUCUCUUCACUUUCUCUCUCUGACACUUGCUAAACUACACCGGCAUUGCCGUUUGAACCAACCCGUUUCGUGUCGGGUAGCGAAAAACCAAACCGAAUAGAAACCGGUUCUUUUACAAUGGGGAAAUUAAUGGCAAUUGGUCUGUUUUUACUUAUGGGAGUUGCACCAUUAGCAUUAGCAGGCGGGCACGAUUACGCAGGCGGGCACGAUUACGCUGCCGCUUUAAGCAAAAGCCUUCUGUUCUUCGAAGCUCAACGAUCCGGUUAUCUUCCGGGUAAUCAGAGAGUUACAUGGAGAGGAAAUUCGGGGCUCCAUGAUGGAAAAAUUAAUGGGGUGGAUUUGGUGGGAGGGUACUAUGAUGCAGGGGACAAUGUGAAGUUUGGGCUUCCGAUGGCGUUUACGGUAACGAUGAUGUCGUGGAGCAUCAUCGAAUACGGGAACCAAAUGGGUGCGAGUGGCGAGCUUGGCCACGCCAUGGAUGCGGUUAAAUGGGGUACUGAUUAUCUCAUGAAAGCUCACCCGCAACCUCAUGUUCUUUACGGGGAGGUGGGUGAUGGUAACACUGAUCACUAUUGUUGGCAAAGGCCCGAGGAGAUGACAACUUCUCGAUAUGCUUAUAGAGUUGACCAAAAUAACCCCGGUUCGGAUCUUGCUGGAGAAACUGCCGCCGCUAUGGCCGCUGCCUCCAUCGUCUUCCAUCGCUCUAACCCCGCUUACUCGCGACAGCUUCUCAACCAUGCUUAUCAGCUAUUCGAUUUUGCCGACAAGUACAGGGGCAAAUAUGACAGUAGCAUCACCGUGGCCCAAAAGUACUACCGAUCUGUCAGUGGCUAUGCUGAUGAAUUGCUAUGGGCAGCUGCUUGGAUGUACAAGUUUUUAAUGGGAGGAAAAGCCAAGAAUCAUGCUUCAGUAUUUGGGAAGUACCAAGAAAAAGCCGAAUUUUUCAUGUGUUCAUGUCUUGGAAAGAGUAGUCAAAAUGUUCAAAAAACUCCUGGUGGCCUAAUUUACAAGCAAAGAUGGAACAACUUGCAAUUUGUCACAAGUGCGUCGUUCCUACUCACCGUCUACUCGGAUUACUUAACAUCUGCCCGAAGAAACCUGCAUUGUUCUUCGGGCAGUGUUGCGCCGUCAGAGCUACUCGCAUUCGCCAAGUCACAAGUUGAUUACAUUCUUGGAGAUAAUCCAAGGGCGACAAGUUACAUGGUUGGAUAUGGAAACAACUACCCGCGACAAGUUCACCAUAGAGGUUCAUCUAUUGUUUCGGUUAAGGUUGACCCGUCAUUUGUUAGCUGCAGAGGAGGUUAUGCAACAUGGUUUAGUAGAAAAGCGAGUGACCCGAAUGUUUUGACCGGUGCUAUUGUUGGUGGGCCUGAUGCUUAUGACAAUUUUGCUGACCAUAGAGACAACUAUGAGCAGACCGAGCCUGCUACUUAUAACAACGCCCCACUUCUUGGUAUUUUGGCUCGGUUACAUGGUGGUCAUGGCGGUUACAACCAACUGCUUCCAGUUGAAAUUCCUGUUGCUAAGCCUACUGCUGUUCAACCGCAGCCUAAUUCAGUUAAAGAAACUCCAUUUGCAGCUCCCGUUGCAAUUGAACAAAAGACAACAACUUCAUGGGUAGCAAACGGGAAAACAUACUAUAGAUACUCCGCUAUAGUGACCAACAACUCAGGAAAGACGAUCAAGAACCUUAACUUAUCAGUCUCGAAACUCUACGGUCCUCUAUGGGGUCUAACCAAGAGCCCAAGCGGCUCAUACGGGUUCCCAACAUGGGUUAGUUCAUUGGAAGCUGGCAAAAGCAUUGAGUUUGUGUACAUCCAUACCGCUUCACCGGCAGAAGUCUCAGUCUCAAAUUACACAUUGGCAUAAGUCAAGAUCAAGAACGCGAUCAAAAGACGAGUGCAACUGAAGUAAAGUUUUCUUGGGGUGUGGUGUUUUUAGUUGUGAUUUUUGGGUUGUUUAAUGUUUUUAAAGGUGUGUAAGAAUGGAGGGUGAAAGUAGUGAAGAGAGGGUUGAAAAGAAGAGCUCUCCUCCUCUUUCUUUAGAUUAGUGUUGUUUUUCACUUCAAAUUAGCCUUUUGAAGUUAGUUUCACUUGUUAUUGGUGUGUGUGUUUUGGUGUAAAUGUGGCAAAACACUUUAAGUUCCAAUAUGAAUGCAGAUUGUGCAACACAUUCGUGUUUUUUUUCGA